AGUUGGAUUGCAUCAGCCGUAUCGGUUGGAUGUGCGUAGUGAAUAUUUUUGGACAAUUGUCGGUGUUUUACACCACUUUCUUUAUUAUUAUCUUUAAUUUAAACAAAUGUACAACUCCGUGGCUUGGCGUCAGGAACCCAAUCCACGGUUUCAAACCUGUUAUCAAAAAGACAGAAUGGGGUAUGGACUAGUUUUAUAGGUCCACUGAGCCAAAAGAGCACCAAACCAAACCAAACCAGAGGAAAGUUGGUCAACUUUUAAACUUUGAUAACAACUACAGCCAAGUGCAAAUAGCACUUUUCUUCUAGUAAUUGUCAUCUUUCGCAAUUGGCGACGAAACAUUUGCGACUCAGUGUAAAAUAACCCUUAUUAUAAGAAGACGGAAUGACGCAACUUUUAACUUUUGUCAGCAGAAAUGUAGAAUGUGACAAGAGGUUUACAGAGAGGUGUAGAAUUCUUGAAAGUGGUUAGAUUCUUUGCUAAAAACAUUUUGAUUUAGCAAAGAUUCAAACCAAGAAAUAAAAAUUAUAAGCUAGUUCAGGUUGGCUGCUCUCACGCAUGUUUCUCUGGUAGUAACCGUUGAUUGUUGAUCUCUCUCGUCACACACGCCGAUGUGGGAACAAGUUACCGAUUUGAACGGAUGUAUAAUGUGAGAGAGAUUGAUUAAUUUUUUAAACUUUAUUUCGUAAAACAAAAUCUCUUUAGUUGAGCGUUUGUGGUCUUUGCGUUGCAUGUCAUUUAAAAUUUCAACUAUAUGAGUGAAACUUUAAGAAUUCCGAUUGAUAGAUAACCUUGUUAUACUGAUGUGCUUCUCGUUGCUCCAAAUAGUAAUAUCGAAAUAUAAUACAAUCGUCUUGUGAAAGUGAUAGCGUGAAGUGUGUGAUUCGUAACACAAGGUAUAUAAAUUUGAAUUAGAAAAAUUUAAUAAUAUGGCUAGUGCAACGGUUGCAAGUAGUACUUGUACAAAAAAUGGGGAUGAUACGGAGACAGAUAAACAACUGAAGGAAAGAGCCGAAAGGAAUCGUCAGAAAGCUCUUCUGUUAAAAAAGUCCAAAGUUGUAACCCAUCCAUAUAAGAGAGAAAAUGGCGAUUCCACAAGUGGAAGAUCUCUGAAAGUUCAAGGCCAACGUGUUAUUGACAGUGGCGGUGGAUUUCUGAUAGAAGAAGAUGACGAAUUGGAACGAGAAAUGUUGAGGAUUGCAACGGAACCAGAACCUACUAUUGGUAAAUUUAACGAGUGUGAGGAGUGUCAACAAAAAUUCAGCGAUUCGUAUCUUUUGCAAACGUUUGAUCUGUCUGUCUGUGAUAAGUGCAGAGAUAAGGAAGGAAAACACUCUUUGAUCACCAAAACAGAGGCUAAACAAGAGUAUUUAUUGAAGGAUUGCGAUCUCGAUAAGCGGGGGCCCGCAUUAAGAUAUAUCGUACGAAAGAAUCCUCACAAUGCGAAUUGGGGUGAGAUGAAGUUGUACUUACAUUUGCAGAUAGAGCAAAGAGCUCUAGAGGUCUGGGGUUCGGAGGAGAAUUUGAUGAAAGAGAAAGAGAUGCGCGAUCUAAAGCGCGAAGGAGUUAAGAUAAAAAAAUUUAACAAGAAGAUCAAGCAGCUGCGAAUGCAAGUAAGAAGUUCACUGUAUGAUAAAACAACAAAGGCUUCCCACGUUCAUGAAUUUGCUGACGACACGUAUAACGAAGAGGAUGAUAAUUAUACUCAUACUUGUGUAACGUGUGGUUACGAAGAAACAUACGAAAAGAUGUAACAUUUAAAUAGUAUUUGCACGCACAGCACAACUUUAUGUGUGAAUUGAGGAUAUUUUAUACAAAAACUCUCGAAUAUGUUAAAAGUGUCUCGAAAAUUUACAAAUUUAUUAAAACAGUUUUUUAAAUUUCAUUCUGGAUCGAAUAUUUUAUACUCUGAUGAUCAUGAAUAUUUAUCUAACCUAUGAAUGUUUUUUUACAGAAAAGUCAUUAAUGCAAUUAAUAUAUAUAUAUAUGUAUGUAUAUACAAUAAUUUUUUAAUAAAAUAAUUCGAAUCGAAG